UCUCCUUCCCUCCCUCCCUCCCUCACUCGGCAGGAAAUGGAGUCCAUCAGUUCCAAGGACCUUGCCAUGAAGGCGCAGAAGAAGAUCCUGAGCCGCUUGGCCAACAAGUCGCUGGCGCAGCUGCUGAUCGACGACACCAGCGCCGAGAUCCUGGACGAGCUCUACCGCGUCUCCAAGGAGUUCACCGGCAACCGGGCCGAGUCGCAGAAGGUGCUGAAGAACCUGGUGAAGGUGGCGGUGAAGAUCGGCGUGCUCUUCCGGCACCGGCAGUUCAGCGAGAGCGAGCUGGGGCUGGCCGGCGAGUUCCGGCGCAAGCUGAGGCAGGGCGCCAUGACCGCCAUCAGCUUCCACGAGGUGGCGUUCACCUUCGAGGCGCCGGUGCUGACCGCGCUGCUCCGGGAGAGCCGGGACCUCCUGCUGCGGCUGGUGGAGGGCCACCUCACCGCCAAGUCCCUGGGCCGCAUCCGGCACGUCUUCGACCACUUCGGCGACGGGCAGCUCCUCAACCAGCUCUACGGUGAGCAGGACCCUUACCGCGCCCACCUGCAGAAGAUCUGCGACGGCUUAGGGAAGCUCCUGGAGGACGGCACGUUAUAGACGGCGCUGUGGGCGGGACACGGGAAGGGCAAUGGCACCAGGGCCCGCCGAGGACACAAGGGACAAUGAAUGGACACCCGCCGCGAUGGCACCCCGAGAGGGGAGGGUUUAGCCGCCACUGCCCUGCGCGGGAUUAUCUUGUAGCCUCUCCAGAGGCACCGCAACACACCGGCGUAUCACAGAAUAAAAGGCACUGCAUACUCCCGCC